GCAGAGAUGCGCGCAGCUGGGCAGGUCCCAGUCUGGUGUAUUCAUGCCUGUGCAGACCAAUCCCAGUCGUGGACCAUGCCCUUCUACAGCAACUUCUUCUAUGAUGUUUCUCUCAGACCAACACCCGCUCUCUGGCAGGAUGCCAACCAAAGACAAAACAGAGGCGAAGUUCAACGCAAGUAAGGAACAACUUCGCAUGCUACUCAACCAGCCAAUGCAGACGCUGGUUCCCACGAGCAGUGUCACCACGCAGCCUUCCCAGUGCAACAUGGGCAUCUCCCAAACCAUAUACACCUUGGAGCAGCAGAUCAUCGCCCCUUCGUUCUCCAUGCAACAGGUCAACUGCAACGCCGUCCUCGUGCCCUCUCCCUGCUUCACAUCCCCCAUAAUGAUCCCACCCAACGGUUUCAUCACAAACCAGUCCCAGUCGGGUUAUCAGACGCAGCCUCAGGCGUCUCAGCACUCCCUGCAGCUUCAGCAGCCCCAGCAGUUCUUUCAGAUGGCUCAGGGUCUGGUUCACGGCGGAUCAACUCCAGCGUUCUUACACACCACUAAUGUCCCACAGCAAAGCACUGUGGGAUACAUCCAGCAGCAUCAAACUCAGCAGCUCUCGCAGGCACAACAGCAACAGGUGCAACAGAUGCAAUAUCAACACUCCCAGACCCAGACUAGCAGUGUGUCAGACUUCAGAAAUAUGCUGACUCGGUAACGCAGUGCACCGCGUUCAGAGCGCUGAGAUCUAAACUCUGUGUUGUCGCCGUGCGGGCAGCAGAAGGUCGUGGCAUUAGAAGUCGAGUUCUGUGGAAAGAAACGCCUGAAAGUGGAACGUUUUGCUCCUUACUGUUGGUGUUCAGUGGAGGUCGGUCAGUGGAAGUGGAAGCCAGAGGCAGAGGAGCACUGACCCGACGUUACCUGCGGGCUCUGAGGAGAGGCUGAGGGUCUGGACCUUCAUCUGUGGCCCGGAGUCAAUCAAAAGUGGAACUAUUGGAUCAAGCGGACUAUCAAAGCUCUCAAGAAGACGUCACUGUCACAUGUUUCAAUGUAAAAGAGAGUUCUAAAUGUCUCUUUGCAUUGGUACUGUCCUCCCUCCUAAAGGUAGAAUAUUUAUUUUUGCCCAUGAAUUAAUAUUCUUUUUUCCUCACUAAUAAUGGCUCGACGCCCCUCCCAAGACGUACAAUCUCAUAGCGUCAUCAUUUAGUUGGCAGAUAACAGAAGUUUCUCCCAUUCUGUCCACAAAACAAUGAUUUACUGUUCAUGUCACGCAAAUGCAGCAGUGAGGAAUAUUCUUUGAUCAUUUAGAAAGAUCUAGAUUUUUGAAGCCUCAAUCUGGUACUGAAAGCGGGAUCGUAAAUCGGGUCCCGUCCCUUAUCUUCGUAGAAGAAUAACAGUCCUAUACCAGAGGGGAAAUAUUUGUGCCUUUACCCAUGGUCCGCCCAUACUGCGGUUUAAUGGUUGUGUCUGAUUACGGCUUUAAAAAUCCAGCCCAGGUCCAUUUGGAAUACAAAGUUAUAUUUUCGUUGGUCAUAGUUUAUUAUUUUCUGCAUCAGAUAAAACAAAAGACAUCUAGAUUUUUAACAUAUAUAACAAAUAUAUAUAUAUAUAUUGGA